AUGAGAGCUGAGUGUCUGAGAGCAAGCAGACUAAAUACAUCUGAUGGCAACAGACUAAAUACAUCUGAUGGCAACAGACUAAAUACAUCUGAUGGCAACAGACUAAAUACAUCUGAUGGCAACAGACUAAAUACAUCUGAUGGCAACAGACUAAAUACAUCUGAUGGCAACAGACUAAAUACAUCUGAUGGCAACAGACUAAAUACAUCUGAUGGCAACAGACUAAAUACAUCUGAUGGCAACAGACUAAAUACAUCUGAUGGCAACAGACUAAAUACAUCUGAUGGCAACAGACUAAAUACAUCUGAUGGCAACAGACUAAAUACAUCUGAUGGCAACAGACUAAAUACAUCUGAUGGCAACAGACUAAAUACAUCUGAUGGCAACAGACUAAAUACAUCUGAUGGCAACAGACUAAAUACAUCUGAUGGCAACAGACUAAAUACAUCUGAUGGCAACAGACUAAAUACAUCUGAUGGCAACAGACUAAAUACAUCUGAUGGCAACAGACUAAAUACAUCUGAUGGCAACAGACUAAAUACAUCUGAUGGCAACAGACUAAAUACAUCUGAUGGCAACAGACUAAAUACAUCUGAUGGCAACAGACUAAAUACAUCUGAUGGCAACAGACUAAAUACAUCUGAUGGCAACAGACUAAAUACAUCUGAUGGCAACAGACUAAAUACAUCUGAUGGCAACAGACUAAAUACAUCUGAUGGCAACAGACUAAAUACAUCUGAUGGCAACAGACUAAAUACAUCUGAUGGCAACAGACUAAAUACAUCUGAUGGCAACAGACUAAAUACAUCUGAUGGCAACAGACUAAAUACAUCUGAUGGCAACAGACUAAAUACAUCUGAUGGCAACAGACUAAAUACAUCUGAUGGCAACAGACUAAAUACAUCUGAUGGCAACAACAGUCCUGAAAUCCCCAGCUCUGUGCUCUAA